AUGGCUGUCAGAAAGUUGGCUCUCCUGUUAGUAAUCGUCGCAUGGGUCAUGGGGACUACUGCUACUGUGGCAGCACGAGAGCUGCCACUGACAUGGGGUCAUGACCUUGCAGCACGGCUUGAGAGUGAGGGAGGGGGCUUGGUGGAAUGUGGGAAUGCGCUUCUGGAGCUUCGAGCAUGCACCAAUGAGAUUAUUCUUUUCUUCCUCGAGGGUGAGACUUAUCUGGGCCUUGAUUGCUGCCGAGCCAUUCGAAUCAUCACUCGACAGUGCUGGCCAUCUAUGUUUACUUCUAUCGGCUUUACAGCUGAGCAAGGCGACAUACUCCGAGGCUACUGUGAUGCAUCAAUGGGAACUCUGGCAUCUCCACCUCCUCCAUACAUUGGGCCAGUUCCACCCGUUGAACCACCAGUGCUGUCUCCCACUCAGACACCUUUGAGCCCAACACCAGCCGGUGUGAUGGUUGUGGGUUAG